CCCACGGCUGCAAACGCCCGGCCAUGAACUCCGGCGACAACAACAUGCCUGGCAUGGCGGCGCCGCCACCCAUGCACCACAAAAUGAUGAUGCACAUGAGCUUCUUUUGGGGAACGCACGCCGAGAUUCUGUUCCGCCGCUGGCCCGGCGCUCGCGGCGGAGGAGCGUACGCCUUGGCCUUGGUCUUCGUCUUCACUCUCGCUUUCCUCAUCGAGUGGCUCUCGCAUUCCAGAUUGAUCAAGGAGGAUUCGAGCGCCGCGGCGGCCGGUCUGAUCCGGACUCUGUUACACACGGUUAGGAUUGGAUUGGGCUAUUUAGUGAUGCUCGCCGUCAUGUCGUUCAAUGUAGGAGUGUUUCUCGUGGCCGUCGGCGGCCAUUGCCUUGGAUUCUUCUUCUUUGGGAGUAGAUUUUUCAAGCAAUCCACCGCCGCGUCUGAUCUUCCUCCUCUUAGUUGUUGAUCUCGAUGAUAUGAACGAAAUUUAUACGUGUAAAUCUCUGCUAUUGAAUUAUGAAAUAAUCUGAUUCAUAUUCCAUGAAUCAGUGUGAUGAAGUUUAAUGUUAUUCGGUCAGGUUG